AUGUAUACCUUGCUGCUUUUUGCGGCUGCAGUCGCUGCUAACCCGACUACUGUGAGAGAUAACUCAUCACCUGUGACAGUCAGUAAGAGUGCGCCCGAUAAUGCUGGUGCGGCAAUUCUGCGCCCAUUUGUCUCGUUUUCGAUUGAGUUAGCUUCUUUCCCUGAAUAUGCCGGCAAUCUGUCCAAGCCAAACAAGUUUUCGAACCAGCUAUUAGAUAAUCUUGCCGACCUUCAAGGUGUUAAGCCAUAUAUCCGAGUCGGUGGAAAUACCCAAGACUUUGCGUUGUAUGACGCCAACCUGAGAACCGGAAUCAAUGGCACUGUUGUUCCUGCUGUAUCUACAGACUAUCCAUCUAUCGUGUCUAUUGGCCCCUCUUUCUUCGAAUCAUAUGCAACAUGGCCCGAUACCAAGUUCAGUUUCGGGUUUGAUAUGGGCAAAAAUGGCACUGCAGGAAUGGAUACACUGCUGGCUACCGCUCCUCUAGCAUGCAAAGCCCUCAAAGGCAAAUUGGCCUACUGGGAGAUGGGAAAUGAGCCUGACCUAUUCAAGACGAGUACACCGGAUACUAAGCGGCCAGCUAAUUGGACAGAAAGCGAUUAUGUGAAUGAGUGGCUAUCUAAGACCCGGCUUGUCAGGCGCCAGAUCGCAAAGGCUUGUCCGGAGAUGACGACGGAGGCUCAGUAUCAGUAUAUCUCGCCGUCAUUUGCGGGACUGACGAAUAGCCUGGACCCCGUGAAGACAUGGCAGGAUGGACUUGAUACGGACCAUGAUAUCAAGCUGAACUCGAUGCAUAAUUAUAUCGGCGGCGCUACUGAGCCAGGGGUCACACUCCAACGUACCCUGAUGAACCACACGUCAACGGUUCACAGCGUCCAGCAACAUGUGAAUCUUUCACGGGUCCUCAAAGAAGAAGGUCUAGCCAAGGAUAUUCCUUACAUUCUAGGCGAGACCAACUCCCUCUACAACGAAGGCAAGCCCGGGUUAUCCAACUCUUUCGGUGCAGCUCUCUGGGGCGUCGACUUCAACCUCUAUUGCGCCUCACAGAGUAUCCGACGAACCCACAUGCAUCAAGGAACGGACUAUCGGUAUGCAGCAUGGCAGCCAAUUCCUACCAACAAGACAACGAUCGGCACCAAAGCCCCUUAUUACGGAAACAUCAUGGUCGCCGCCAUGCUCGGAGACAGCUCCCGCUCAUCCGACAUCCAAGUCGUGAACCUCCCUCUCCCACAGGACACCGAAGCCGCCUACGCCACGUACAUCGACGGGAAACUCACCCGGAUCGCCGUGCUUAACAUGCAGGAGUACAAUUAUACCGAGUCCGCAUCGUCGGAUCGUCCCAUGGCGAGCUACUCUUUCCAGUUACCCGAGACCUCGGCGAAACACUUAUCGGUGCACCGUCUCAUGGCGAAUGGGAGUGAUGCGAUCACCGGUGUGUCCUGGGAUGGCUGGUCCUACAACUACGAGUUAAAGGGCGGUGCGCCCGUACGGAUGAAUAAUAUCACGGUGGGGGAAAUGGUGUCUGUGGAUUCGGGGGUUGUGGAGCUCAAGCUUCCAUAUUCGAGUGGCGCUAUCUUGAAUCUGUAG